AGGGUCUGCAUGAGAUCGGACGGCCGCAAGAAGAUUCACACGACCUUCCCCGACGGCGGGGAGAUGGUCGAGGAUAGCCGGCUUCCCUACGUGCUUCUGCUACGCAAGACGCGGCGUCCGACAAAGCUGGGUGGUGAAGGCAAUUGGAAUUUCGAGGUGGGGCAGGCCCCGGAGCCGGGCUUCGACCCCCACUCGGACCUCAUGCGCACUUCUUCGACCAACCCGAUCUUCUUGCGCAAGGACGACACGCCUGAGCAUUUUCAGUGGCGCAUACGGAAUCUGGCCUACCCCGUGGACGUGUAUCCGGAAGGCUAUGCCCAAUCCCAGCCCAGGGGCCGAGAGCCGAGGAAGCGCACGCGCUGCUUUGUUAUGCGGUGCCUGCCGAGGAGCGCUUCGCAGGCUGCACCUUGGAAUUCGGACGGCGGUCCAUCAGGCCUCGGGACCUCCAGCGGUCGGGGCCCGGCGGGUAGCGUCAGCGUCGACCACGACAAGCAGGAGGUCGUGGUGCGGACUUCGAACAAGAAGUAUUACAAGAGGACUCCCUCCUGGAUAGGCGUUCCCGACCUCGCGCGAUGCGGCAAGGUGUUGGAAGAUGAGAAGUUGUCGUGGAAGCACCAGCACAACACGCUCAUAAUUUCUUACACCAAGCCGGAGGAGGUCAUCCUGCUGGAACAGAAGGUUAUGAGAGAAGCGGAAAAGGCUGCUCUUCACAUGUGACCCAGCCUGUUUGGCGUACUAGGUCUGCGGUGAAACAGGGCAAGGCGAGCAGAGGUGACCGUGCCUGGGUUGUGGUCCACAGGCCUCUAGGACGUUCUUUGGGAUUGGAACCCCAGCCACCCGAUUGAAAUUUGUUUGAAAUUUUGCACGCUUUGAUCGCGCGUUGUCUCACAACACAAAUGCAGUUUGUAGUCAGGAGGUUGCUUGGCCACGAAGUCGACAAGAAGCCUCCAUUUUGUACUGCCGAAUUCGGGCUGCCUCUCAUCAACCAGAGCUUUCCGCUCGCUCAGCGGGCUCGGCCCUACGCCGUAUUUAGUUGCACGUUGCAUGCUCCGCAAUUUGUACACCGAAUCCGCAGCUGGUAGAUCUGCAGCGCGCGCUCCUCCGUUUGCGUGCUGAUCGACGCCGGAUUAGUCGCCAUGUUGGUUUUGACAUUUGUUUGUUCUUCUUGAG